AUGGCUGUCGAAGCCAAUGUGGACUUAGAAGAUAAAUUGGCCUUAGAGGCUAAUGACUUGAAUAAUGGCGAAAAGCAAAGGCUAGAUUGUAUUUAUGAUGAUGAACCUUUGGGUUUUGAAAAAGAUCCACACAGUUCGAUUCAAAGAAUGCAAUCUCAAGAUCCUUUGCAGGAGAUUGAUAUUGGAGAUGGCUCUGUUAAAAGGCCAACUUAUAUUAAUGCCAAUAUCGAUCCAAGCUUAAGAGAAAGAAUGGUUGAAUUGCUUAAGUACUACAAAGAUUGCUUUGCAUGGGACUAUAGUGAGAUGCCUGGGCUAAGCAGAAAUUUGGUAGAACAUAGGCUACCUCUUCGACCAGACAAGAAACCUGUGAAGCAGCUUCCAAGGAGGUAUGUAGAAUGGUUAGCCAAUAUUGUUCCUAUUAUUAAGAAAAAUUGGUCACUUAGAGUUUGUAUAGACUUUAGGGAUUUAAACAAUGCUACACCAAAAGAUGAAUAUUAUAUGCCUGUAGCAGAAAUGUUAGUUGAUUCAGCAGCAGGGGAUGAAUAUUUAAGUAUGCUAGAUGGCUAUUCAGGCUAUAAUCAAAUUUUUAUUGAUGAAGAUGAUGUAUCAAGGACUGCAUUUCGUUGCCCUGGUGCUUUAGGCACUUAUGAAUGGCUCAAGAAAGAUGAUGUAUUCGAAUGGGGAACAGAACAGCAAAAGGCAUUUGAUGAGAUUAAGGCGUAUUUGUCUAAGCCACCUACUUUAAUGCCUCCUAUUCGAAACAAAGCAAUGAAGUUGUAUAUUGCAGCAUCAGAUUCAACUAUUGGAAGCAUGCUCGCUCAAGAGGAUGAAAAUGGCGUAGAAAAAGCUAUUUACUACCUAAGUAGAAUUUUAAAUGAUGCUGAAACUAGAUAUAGUUCAAUUGAAAAGCUUUGUCUAUUUAAUGUUUAUGUCUAUUCUCACUUUGAUAUUAUUAAGCAUAUGUUAUUAAAACCAAUUUUGCAUAGUAGAAUUGGAAAUUGGGCUUUGGCUUUGACUGAAUACUCAUUAACCUAUCAACCUUUGAGGGCUGUCAAAGGUCAAAUAGUUGCUGAUUUCCUCGCUGAUCAUUCAGUAGUCGAAGUUUCAGUAACCUACGUAGAUUAUGAGCCUUGGACUUUAUAUUUCGAUGGCUCAAGACAUAAACAUGGCCUAAAGAUUCUUUUAGACCUGGGGGCAAAACAUGUUAAAAUCAGAGGAGACUCUGAAUUAGUAAUAAAGCAAUUAACAAAAGAGUAUAAAUGCAUUCAAGAGCAUCUGAUGAAAUACUUUGUUAUUUCAUUCUCUUUGCUGAAACGUUUCGAUUCAUGUGAUAUUCAACAUGUACCUCGAAUUGAAAACCAAGAAGCAAAUGAUUUAGCUCAAAUUGCUUCUGGUUACAAGUUAACAAGAGAAAAACUAGAGGAAUUAGUCGAGAUUAAGGAAAAGCUAAUUUCAUGCGAAGCAAUGCCCAAUGUAUCAACAGCAUCUGAACAGCUGAGGGCAAAUGAGCAAAGUGUCGAAGCCAACUUCGAAAUGGUGUAUGCGCACUUUGAUGAGGUAAUGACAGAGAUUUUCGUCAUUGAUAACUUAGCUGACAAUGAUCGGAGACAACCCAUUGUUAACUAUCUGGAAAAUCCAACAGGUGUAACUGAAAGAAAGGUCAAAUAUAGAGCUUUAAGUUACACAAUCAUUGGAAAUGAGUUAUUUAAGAAAACACCUGAAGGGGUUUUGUUGAAAUGUCUUAGUGAAAACGAGGCAUAUAUAGCAAUUUUCAAUGUUCAUAGUGGAGCCUGUGGUGCUCAUCAAGCAGGCCAUAAAAUGAAAUGGCUUCUGUUUCGACAAGGGCUAUAUUGGCCCUCUAUGCUUAAGGAUUGCAUAGAAUAUGCAAAGGGAUGUCAAGAAUGUCAAAAACAUGCAGGGAUACAACAUGUUCCUGCGAGCGAGUUGCAUUCGAUUGUCAAGCCUUGGCCUUUUAGGGGCUGGGCCUUAGAUUUAAUUGGUGAAAUUAGGCUAGCUUCAUCAAAAAAUCAACGCUAUAUAUUGGUUGGAAUUGAUUAUUUCACCAAGUGGAUAGAGGCUGUGGCUUUAACAAAUGUAGAUCAGGAGGUUGUGAUUAAUUUCAUCCAAAACCACAUCAUUUAUAGGUUUGGGCUUCCUGAAACUAUUACUACAGACCAAGGGACAGUGUUUGUUGGACGAAAGAUGCAAGACUUUGCUGAACAAACAAGUUCAACUCCUUUUCGACUAACUUAUGGUCAUGAUGUUGUAUUGCCUAUUGAGAUAAUGAUGCAAUCAAUUCGAGUGAAAAAGCAAUUAGAACUACCUACUGACCAUUAUUGGAAAUUGAUGUUGGAUGAGUUAGUAGAUGUGGAUGAGGAAAGGUUGCAAGCAUUAGAUGCCUUAGUUCGACAAAAGGAAAGAAUUGCCAAAGCAUACAACAAAAAGGUUAAAUCUAAAACCUUUGACUUAGGGGAUUUAGUAUGGAAAGUUAUCCUUCCCAUGGAUAGAAGAGAUAUAGUCUUUGGGAAAUGGUCACCUAACUGGGAAGGACCAUUCAAGAUUUCUCAGAUAUUAUCUAAUGGGGCUUAUGAAAUUGAAGAGUUAACUCCUGAACAACGUUCAAUAAACAUGAAUGGCAAAUAUUUAAAGAAAUAUAAGCCAAUGUUACAAGAAGUAUGCAUAAAGAAUGAGUAG